CUGUAGAGACAAGUAUAAAACCCGCCCCCUGGUUUCUAAGCACUAGAGAGCUGUUUCCUUUCUUUCUUCCUGUCUGCCAUGGCGUCUGCUUAUCUGAGAGUCGAGCUGUUCUGUUCCAUCUGCCUGAACACUUAUACAGAUCCUGUAAUGCUGAGAUGUGGACACAACUUCUGCCGGGUCUGUAUUGAUCGUGUGCUGGAUACACAGGACCAGUCUGGACUUUAUUCCUGUCCUGAAUGUAGAGAAGAGUUUCAGGAGCGGCCGACACUGAUGAAAUGCUUAGCUCUGCGUAAGAUAAUGGAGACCUUCUUGCUUACUCAACCAAUACAGACAGAAACCAGGAUCUUCUGCACUUACUGUGUGGACUCUCCUGUACCUGCUGUGAAGUCCUGUCUGCACUGUGAGGCUUCUCUGUGUGAUAAACAUUUGAGAGUUCACAGCAAGUCACCAGAACACGUCUUAUCUGAGCCCAGAAAUACUCUGGAGAACAGAAAAUGUUCUGUCCAUAAGAAGGUCCUGGAAUAUUACUGCACUGAGGACGCUGCUUGUAUCUGUGUGUCCUGCAGUUUGGCUGGAGAACAUCGGGGACACCAGGUGGAGAUGCUGGAUGAGGCAUCUCAGAAGAAAAAGCAAAAACUGAAAAAUACUCUCGAAAGACUGACCACAAAAAGAGAGAAAACUGAGGAAAAAGUCCAGAGACUGGAGAAGCGGAAGAGAAAAGCUGCGGAAAAAGCAGCUGGAGAAGCUGAAAGAGUCACAGACCUGUUUAUAGACAUGAGGAGACGACUGGACGACCUGGAGAAGAAGGUCCUGAGUGAGAUCUCCAGGCAGAAAAAGGAAGAGUCACUGUCACUGUCUGUUCUGAUUCCGCAGUUUGAAAUAAAGAAGGACCAGCUGUCCAAGAAGAUGAGACACAUUGAGGAGCUGUGUAACAUGACGGAUCCACUGACUGUCUUACAGGAACAGGACACAGGUGACUUGUAUGAUCCUGAGAAGGGGGGAGGUGAUGAGGACACAGGGGGACAUGAUAAACAGCCCCAUGAUGUAGAUUAUCUGGAUGUGGCUGAGAUCUCAGACACAUUCCGCACAUUAUGUGACGUAAUAUCAGGUAUAAAAAGCGGGAUCUAUGUGAAGGGUCCUGCAGACAUGUUUCUGGAUGUAGACAUAGCAGAAAAUAAAACCCUUAUAUUAGAUGAUCUGAAAACUGAAACCAAGACACAGUGGGACCAGAGUCCUCCAGAAACAGGAGAGAGAUUCCCGGAUUAUCAGGUGAUAAGCAGCAGGAUAUUUUCUUCUGGGCGACAUUAUUGGGAUGUGGAGGGCAGCAGAUCAAAAUAUUGGAUGGUGGGGAUGUGUUAUCCCAGUAUAGACAGGAGGGAGGGUCAGUCAGUCAUUGGAUGUGACAACAAGUCCUGGAGUUUAUGUAGGUGGUCUAAUAAUCUGUAUUCAGUUAUACAUGACAAUAAAGAGAUCCGGUUACAUGAUUAUAUCUCCAGUGAUAGAUUCAGGAUAUAUCUAGAUUAUGAGGCUGGGCAGCUGUCCUUUUAUGAGCUUUGUGACCCCAUCAGACACUUACACACCUUCACCACCACCUUCACCGAGCCCCUUCAUGCUGCAUUAUGUGUAUAUAAUAGUGCUAUAAACAUAUUUGGGGUUAGCAGCUGGAAGAAACCAUCAUAACCUAACAAACUAAUAAGAGAAACCAAGAUUCUUAUUGAUUAAUUAUUUAGUCAAGAACAUUAAUGAGAAUGUAGGUCACCAAGUAAUGAUUCCUUCAUGGCAGCCAUUUCUAUGACCUAAUCACAAGUAAUUCCUCUCUGAAUACAGCAUUGGUACUUGUAUCAAUGGUGUUGAUUUUAUUAUCAUGUUUUAGAAUUUGUAUAUUUGUAACCUUUGUAGAGGUAUUUUACCUGUCCCAGGUGUUCCGCUUGUAAUUUGCAGCUCAUUGGUUGAGGAAUUUUUCCCUCCCAUUGUGCAUACUACAUAAUGGAAUGUUCACCUUGGAUUGGGCAUCAUUGACAAAGGGUGCGCAUGUGCCCAAAACGCGUCUGAUGACAUGCUGACAGUUGCUGUACCUGUUUUACUGUGGAUUCUUGAAUAAAGCUGGAUUUCUUCUGACA